AGGCGACGAGUUUUCUCCGGCGCGCAAGUGGUUGAAUCGGAUUCUUCUCGACUGAAAGAUUAUGGCACCGUCACCCACAAAGCGGAAGGAGGAGGAGAAAACAAAAGACAGAGGCAAAGAAAAGACUAGGACCAAGGAAGGAGAUAAGGAGAGAGGACGGGAGAAAGCUAGGAAACGUCGCAGUGCCUCUACUGGCAGCAGCAGCUCCACUUCAAGCAGCAGCUCUGGCUCAAGCUCAGGUUCCUCAAGUGGAUCCAGCUCAUCUGGAUCCAGCCGCUCUGGUUCUUCAAGCUCUCGCUCCUCAUCUUCCAGCACCUCAGGAUCCCCCAGCCCCAGCCGCAGACGCCAUGACAACCGCCGCCGAUCCCGCUCAGCGUCUAAAACACAGAAACGUGGUGAUGACAAGGAGCGAAGGAAAAGAAGCCCAAGCCCCAAACCAACUAAAGUUCACUUAGGGCGGCUGACCAGGAAUGUCACCAAGGACCACAUCCAGGAGAUCUUUUCCACUUAUGGAAAAAUCAAAAUGGUCGAUAUGCCAAUGGACAGGGUCCACCCACACCUGUCCAGGGGCUACGCUUAUGUGGAGUUUGAGACUCCUAAUGACGCUCAGAAGGCCCUCAAACACAUGGAUGGAGGUCAGAUCGAUGGACAGGAAAUCAGUGCGUCUGCCGUGCUGACUCAACGAGUUCGUCCUCCCCCUCGUAGACCGUCUCCCCCUCGCAGAAUGCCUCCGCCACCACCGAUGUGGCGUCGCAGUCCACCACGCAUGAGGAGACGGUCUCGCUCCCCGAGGAGGCGUUCCCCAGUACGCCGCCGUUCUCGCUCCAGAUCUCCUGGCCGUAGGCGCCACCGUUCUCGUUCCAGCUCAAACUCUUCCAGAUAGACAAGUUUCCUUCGUCAUGGUACCAAAGGAUCUCUUAUAUUCUGACUCCAGAUCAGUUGGAGUUCCUGCUUUCCCAGAUCAGUUGGAGUUCCUGCUUACCCAAAUCUCAUGGACUCGCAAGAAAUAAAAUGAUCUGCAUUGUAGCAAACAUAAACAUUUGACUGCAUAUGAGUAUUAUCUUUUCAUAUUAUGUGUUUGGUUAACCCUGUAAACUGUCUGGACAGUUAUGUUGUAUUUCAAGCUGAGGUUGGGCUCUACUGAGAACUACAAACAUUUCUUUUAAACUGUGACUUCUUUUUACCAUGUACUCAAUUUUUAGACAUUUUGAAAAAUAAAGUUGCUGAAACAUGUAAA